AUGGCCGGACCCAAAACCUCGAAGGAGACCAAAGAGUCAGCGUCCCCUUCUGCUCCUGCUGCAGAGGAAAAGCCGACAAUUGUCGUCAAUGAGAAAGAACGCAAGAAACAAGCCUUCAUCGUAAGAACUAUUUGGACCCUUGUUAUGAUUUUCGGUAUGUUCUUCAUAAUCUGUGCAGGCCACUUCUGGACUAUCAUGCUGGUCCUAGUUCUCCAGGUGCUGGUUUUCAAAGAGCUUAUCUCCAUCACGAGUGAGAGAGCAAAAAACCAGGACCUCAAGUACACAGGGUAUCUCAAUUGGUACUUGCUAAUCACCACUAUUGCCUACUUGGAAGGCAAAUCGCUCAUCACAUACACCAUCAACUUUUUGAUCGACUCCAACUACUUUUCUGUUUUGGCGAUGAAGUUCAUUAUCCAUCAGAAAUUCGUCUCGUACUGCUCGUACGUCUUCGCCUUUGUGUUCUUUGUCUCUACUCUGAAGAAAGGCUACUUGAAAUUCCAGUUUGCACAAUUGUGCAUCACCCAUAUGAUCUUGCUGUUGGUGAUCUUCCAAGGCCAUUGUAUCGUCAAUAAUAUCCUUCAUGGCAUGAUUUGGUUCUUGCUGCCGGUCGGACUUGUGAUCACCAACGAUAUUUUUGCCUACAUUUGCGGAAUCACUUUUGGUAGAACUCAACUCAUCUCCAUUUCUCCCAAAAAGACUGUUGAAGGGUUUGUUGGAGCAUGGAUUUGCACCACAUUUGCAUCGAUUGUUCUCACUUACUACUUGUGCAAUUACAACUACUUCAUUUGCCCAAUCGAAAACUACAACGAUUUGCAGGUUAACUGUUUGACUGGUGUCUCCUGUGAACCAAAUCCCGUGUUCAUCCACCAGAUCUACAAAAUUCCAGCCGAUGUGGCGAAAAUAGUUGGGAAAGAAUAUGUCCAAAUCAAACCAAUCUAUCUCCAUGCUACCAUCUUGUCUCUCUUUGCCUCGUUGAUUGCUCCGUUUGGAGGCUUCUUCGCUUCUGGCCUCAAGCGUGCGUUCAAGAUCAAAGACUUUGGUGAUACGAUCCCAGGUCAUGGAGGAGUCACCGAUAGAAUGGACUGCCAGUUCCUGAUGGGCUCCUUCUCGUACUUGUAUUACGAAACUUUCAUCUCGACACAUCACCUCAACGUUGGAAACCUUCUGCAGACAAUUGUUAUUAACCUUUCGGGUCCUGAUAUUCUGAUUCUUGUCAAGAGUUUGCACACUUACUUGUUUAAGAUCGGCAUGAUCUCAGAAGACGUUUAUGGCCAGUUGGUGGAACUCCUGACUUAA